UCUAAUAUAUUCAAAACAAAAAAUAUCUCCCUCUCCUCAAUAUUUUAUAUAUACUACAAGAUGACCCUACUAAAAUUGGUCCGUAUUCCUCUCUUCUUAACAAUGACCACCUUAUUGUUUGUUGUAACACCCAUCUAUGCAACCACAUUUGAAGUGAGAAACAACUGCCCCUACACCGUUUGGGGUGCUGCAGUACCCGGCGGUGGUCGACAAAUGAACCCCGGUGACACUUGGGUACUUAACGUAAACCCAGGAACAACUGCAGCCCGGAUUUGGGCUCGUACAGGAUGCAGAUACACCGGAGGGUCUAAUGGGCUUCGAUGCAACACAGGAGACUGUGGUGGGGUACUUCAAUGCACAGGUUAUGGGCAAGGCCCAAACACAUUAGCUGAGUAUGCCCUUAAACAAUGGAAUGACCUAGACUUCUUUGAUAUCUCUUUGGUUGAUGGGUUUAAUGUUCCAAUGAGUUUCCUACCCACAAAUGGGUGCCAAGGCCCGACUUGCUCGGCCGAUAUUAACGCCCAAUGCCCGGGCCAGCUUAGAUCUAAUGGUGGGUGCAGGAAUGAUUACAAUUAUAGCUAUGCUAGGUUCUUUAAGGACAGGUGCCCUAGGGCUUACAGUUAUCCCCAAGAUGAUGCAACAAGCAUGUUUGCCUGUGCUUCUGGUACCAACUAUAGGGUAACAUUCUGCCCUUGAUCAACCAGGGCCCUCUCUAAUGGGAUAGUAAUGAUAUAAAAGUAUAGUCUUAAAAAAUAAAUGAAAAUGGUAUCCACAAAUUAAGGAUCUUACUUCUUGAGAGUAUGAAGAUGAUGUAUGUUAUACGAAGUAUGUACUUCUGUUUCCAAAGAUAAUGAUCACUACAACGUAAUAUGUUUCAUAUUUCCUUUGUGUUUUCGUUUAAGUGUGAGUAUUAGUUGUUAAUUAGUUGUAAGUCGUUGUAACAAACGUGUGCUUAACUCUAGAGAUGUUUUGUAAUGGAUAAUUCUCAACGAUCUAGAGAUGUUUUAUAUGAA